UUAUCCAUCUAAUAAUUGGAAGCCAAAAAAAAUAAUGUCAUGUGCCAGUACUGCCACUACAAGAAAGAGCUUUUUCCUAUAAAAUUUUGGCCAGUAUUACAGGGCGAAAUUGCAAAACGAAAAAAAAUUUUUUAUUAAAGGAAUGCACCCAUUUACUUCAUUUUAUAAAAAAAGAAGGCACUUUCAACUGUCAUACACUUUAUGUAGUAUCCUACGUAUUUUACGUAUCAUACGUAUGAUUGUAUGAUUCCCCGAAAAUCGUCGAAUUACCCAUCACUGGCUUCAAGCCUUCAACAGUUCCCUAUAUAGCAUAUAUAUAUGCUUAUACACAGUGCGACGUCACAGAUUACCCUCCUUAUAAAACUCCAUGACUAUAGUCAACACAGGCCUUAAGCAUUUUAAGUAAAGAUUGUGAACUUUUCCUUACUUUUGCGAAUUUUACUGAAUGCUGCAGAGCACUGCAGAGACCUCAGCAAGCAGGCAACAACAGGACGACUGCAGUCGACCAUGGAGAGUUCUCCGGGCAUUCAUGAAGUUAUACACGAGCCAUGUGGACGUCGCGAAAAAGUAUUUGACGGGAAGGUGAAAGUGUUGAGAUGUUAUUGUCUAGUUCAUGUUUGUUAUUAAUAAUAACAAUCGCAAUAACUUUUUGAAUUUUUAAAUCGAUUGAUUUAAUAACUGUUAUGCUGUUUCAUAUGUAAUUAAUUUUUCUAGAAUUUAUUAAGUUGAUUCAUAAAGUUGUACUCGGGCACAUACAAAAUCCAAUUUAUUUUUCUUCAUCUCGUAUGUGAAUUAAAAAUUGUCAUUAUCAUAAAAAAAAGUGAGAAAAUUACUUACAAAUUCAAUGGCUGUGCUACUUGAAGCGAGGCCUUACAGGCCCUUCAAAUCAUCUGAAGAAUAUUCAAUUGCUAUGAAAGAAGAUCUUGCUGAAUGGCUCAACGCACUUUAUCCAGAGCUCAGACUGACACUCGAAAAUUUCAUGGACAAACUUGACACCGGAGUUGUUCUUUGUAAGCAUGCAAAUAACGUUAGAAAAGCAGCAGCAGAAUAUGUGGCUCGUAGGCAAGCUAGAAAAAUGAUGACACGUUCAAUAACAUCAUCUUUAGCAAUGCCAAUAAGUGAGCUGAAUGAUGUUGCUUUUUUGCCAAACGCAAAAGCGGGUACAUUUUUUUCACGUGAUAAUGUAUCAAAUUUUAUAAGUUGGUGUCGCAAUAGUCUUGGAAUUAUUGAUUGUUUAUUAUUUGAAAGUGACGAUUUGAUAAUGCGAAAAAACGAAAGACAUGUUAUAUUAUGUUUACUUGAAGUUGCUAGACGUGGUGCUAAAUUUGGGAUGCUUGCACCAAUGCUGGUGCAAAUGGAGCGACAAAUCGAUCGAGAAAUCGCUGCUGAUAACAAAAUAAUAAUUGGUGAUGUUCAUGAUGGAAAUGAUGAUAGUGAUGAUGAAUAUGAAGAAAGGCCCGAAUAUAAACCAUGCUUGAUUUAUGGACCUCAACCACAAAUCGUAACGAAUGAUCUGAAGAGUCUUGAUGAUAUGGUUCGUGACUUGGUUGAAAAUUGUACUUGUCCAAGUCAGUUUCCAAUGAUACGUGUUUCAGAAGGCAAAUAUCGAAUUGGUGAUACGAAGGUUUUAAUUUUUGUGCGGAUAUUAAGGAGUCAUGUUAUGGUUCGUGUAGGCGGAGGCUGGGACACACUCAGUCAUUAUCUCGACAAGCACGAUCCUUGUCGAUGUCGUACAUCACAUCGAUCAAUGAUAUCUGCAAAACUAAUACCAAAAACUGGUGGAAACAUUGACAACUCUCAAGUUUAUUACGAGCGAUCACCACCAAGAACACGCAGAAGUUCAAUCUCAAAUUUGCCGUAUAACGGCAUUUAUCAAUCACUUCAAAAUCAACAACAGUACAAUAAUUCUAUACCAACACCGAGAAAAAUCAUUAACGAUUAUUCGCCUUCGCCACUAUCUCAUCAUGUGAAUCAACAUAUCAAUGGCAAAGAACGUCAGCAUUGUGAUACACCCUCUCAGAGCCCUUUAUGUCAAACCAAGUUUAUAUCAAGUCCACUGCGGCAAAGGAGUGAUCUUGGUUUUACAUCAAGAUCAAAAUCACCAACUAUUAAAACAACGUUUUCAUCAACUGCCGGCUCGUUCAACAAAUUUGAAUUGAAUAAGUCACGCGUAACAACAUCUGAUGGAAAAAGUAAAAAUGGUGAUUAUAAUAAAACGAUGAAAUCCGAUGGUCGUUCACGAAUUGAUCAUAUCCACGACAACAAUAUUCAGAAUACUCACACAGGCAAUCCAUUACAAAAAAACAAAUCAUUAGAAGUUGUGACUCCUAAAGGCCAUAUCAACAAGGGCUAUCAAUCUAGGAAUACUAGUCCAGAAUGUGACAUAAUAAGCAAUAACAACAAAAAUUAACAAUCAUAUUUUAUUACUCAACAAUGAAAUUUACAAAUUUGGAAUGAUCACUCACAUCAUAACUAGUCAUCGAGUCAAAUAGCUUCAUCUGGAAGAGUAGACUCGUAAAAAAAAAAUUGAAAGAAUUAGUUGAAUCCAGACGAGAAAAAGAUCUGGCAACGUUUGUCGGGGCUUGAUGCCCGUGUUACGGGUUGCAAAUUAAAAACUUUCAAUACUUCGGCAAGGGCCGUCUUUAUAUAUUUCCGAUUUUUCAAAUCCUAAAAAUUAAUCGAAAAAAAAGUUCAUAUCAAAAAGUUUUUUGCUUUUAUUUAAACGUGAUGAUCACGAACAUGUGACAAUUCAUCUCUUUUGCAUGUUUUUUAUAGUUUUUUUUUCUCUAAUGUUUGAAUUUUCUCGUUAGAUCUAUAAUUAAUUAUAGGACUGAAAUACGACCCUAUUUUUUUAUGUUUAUUUUUUUUUUUAAUUAACUAGGUUUCCUUUUUUCUUCAGAAACUAUUGUUCACAACAGAAAAAGUCCAUAAAGCGGGCGAUCGAGUUUCCGAAGAUGGAUUUCUUAAUCCUAAUUUUAUUUUUGUUGCCAUUUUUUCCUUUUUUACGGACUGCCAUAUUUUUGGAUGUGAUUAACAAAAAUACUUCGUAUGAGGCUUGAAAAAAGCACUAUUUAGUCCAGUCGAAAGUUAGUUGAGGUUAUUUUCAAGGUUUAUGGAAGGGUUAAGGAUAUAUAAUUAUAUAUAUGGCGUAGAAAAGCAGGAGGUGGUCUCCGUUUUGUUCUGUCGUUCGUCGCAGUUUGUCCUUCAAGUUUGCGGGCGCACAUAAAAUAAUAAUAACUAAAAUAUAAAAUAAUCUAAAAUAAAAUAAAGAGAUAUUUUAAUUUCGGGAUUUUUUAAUUUACAGAAUAUUUUAUUAUCGAGAGGCACGGUAGUACUUCGUGUCAAGUAUAAGAAAAAAAAUAUAAUAAUACCGAAAAAAAAUAAAAAAAAUGAAAGCGCAAAAACACUACCGAGCCUUAUAUACACCGAACAGAGGUAACAUCAUCCCUCGCUAAUUUUUAAAAAUUUAUUUAAAAUAUGAUGAUGACGAUAAAAUUAAAUGACAUUUAUAAUUUAAAAUUCUAUUGUAUCAAGCUUUGCUAUAAAAAAAAAACCAAAUUGUUUAAUACUUUAUUUUAUUUUUUAUAAUUUGUUAUGUCAAGAAUAUGCUCCUUGAACAUAAGCAAAUUAUUGGUUGAAUUAUUAUAUUAAAAAUAUAAUAACUCGACCGUCGUAUCGGGAUAUGCUCCCUGAUACUACUAUAUUCAAAGUAAACUUGUUAAUUCCAGAUUAUGCACCUGGAAUUAAUUUAUUACUGCUUCGUUUUGAUCCAGUCCUUUUCAGGUAAAGAUCGGGUGAAGCUCGUACAUUUAUAUGACUGUAGGGUUGUAGUUAAAUAAAAUAUACCAAUGCAUGUAACUUAAAAUUAUAUUUAUUGCUGAAAACCAAAAUAAGGUAAAUGAAAUUAUUACUAUGACCAUUCAAUAUAUGAUCUUACAUCAAUCGAAAUAUAUAGAAAAGAUGAAGAUUAUUAAUAGUAAAUUAUUCUUACGUUGUUGGUAUGCGUGCGGUACGGAUUGGUUAGCGUGAGCUUGUAAGUCAAUUGAUUCUUACUAUUAUUUUAGAAUGCUAUUUGAUUUCUGUAGAAAACAACGAUCUGAGGUCUGGACAAGACUAAUUAAUUAACACAAAAGAACCAGAUUAUACAUAGUAUUAUACAUAGUAUUAUACAAGUAUAGUCUUCCAAUCCCCAUCUCAGAUUCUAAUUUAUUGAUUUUUAUUACCCAAAAAUCCUCGUGACAACAAUUAUAUAUAUAAAAUUCUUAGAACAGCUAUAAAGUAAAUCGAAGGAAAUAUACAAUGAUAUCCGGGUCCAAUGUAUUAUGGGCAAACUGACAUUAGAAUUUCAGUUUUACGACUUUUUUAUGGGCGUCAAACUUUCUGGAUUCUCAGUAACUUAAAUUGUAUUGUAUUGUCUAGUUGAUCUUAAAGGUCGAGGACGUCCAUUGAUGACUUCACCCUCGCGACAUAAUAGAAUUAAUGCACGGUAGUUGUGUACGUGACCCAGGGGGAACGCUAAACCGGUUCCUCCAUCGUAUUGACACUUGACCUAAUAUCUACGUAUACCAACAUGUUAAUUUUUAUACUUAUAUAUUUAUUUCCAUAUUAUAUACUCAAUUGAUAUGAAAAAAUUUUGUAAAGUUAUAACACCUCCACCCUUACGUUGGAACUAUGGGAAUGCAAUGGACAUAGUUACAACAGAGUCCCAAAAAUUUUUUUACGAAUCUGGCACUACUUCUGUGUAUACUGCGCCUCUUGGAAAUGGUAUCCCGUUCCAAUGUGUUUCCAUAAAUGCGAUGGCUAUUUUCGCUGCAUCAGCCUUUGCUUCUCGUUUCGUGAAGCCAACCCCCACAAAGGGUCGUCCCUUCAAAUAUAGAGUGAUGGCGAACAUAUCACGGUUGUCUCCUCUGUUUUUGAAACCGGCAGCAUCUUCAUAGCUUACUUGGAAACCAGCUAUUAUAUAAUACUUCGGUUGGAUUUGUGUUGUCUUGGCGGCUUCUCCUAAUCAUAGUUAAAGUCUUAGUAAUAACGUGAUCUCUCGGGCACACGAUAGUAUCGAGCAAAUCUUCGUAAGCACGGUUGAAUGCCUCCUCAUUGUUAUUGCCCACUCCAACUCCAAUUAUAGCUCCCAACAGUAUGUGGCAGAGUAUUUCGUUGUUCGUUAUAUUUAUAAAAGCUCUUUCUACUGCUACGUUAUUUGGAUUAAAUAAUUGUGUGAGUGCAUCCCAUUUUGAUUGCGCCAUUUUACUUAUUAUUUUCUUUUGUCGCCGUAGACAAAUUAACAUACGUAUAUCAAUAGAGUUAUAUAAAAUUUAUUAAGAAUGAUUUGAAUUAAACUAUACUUAAAUCUAUUAUGGAUUUUAAGAAUGAUAAUAAUAAGGAAUGUAUUUUAAAAAGAAUCUUUUCUUCUGUGUUAUUGCCUUAAUGGCCUUUGUUGCGGCUUCAGCCUUAGCUUGUAUGUGUGUCGUCCCCUUUCCUUUAAACGUCAUGUCGUCUAUUUUACACAUGACUGUGUGUUGUCUUACGACAUUAUCGUAACUCAUCAUUGUAUAUGUAGCCUGAGGUUUUUUUCUUUUUGACAGUUCUUCUGACAAUUCACUUAAUUUACUAAUAUCCUUAGAUAUUUGUUCUAACUUUGGAAAAUCUGGGAGAGGUAGGCUAUUCAUCUUUACGUAAAUAUCCUCACCAGAUUCUGGCAUUAUAAUUGGAUUAAAAUCGGUAGUUCUUACGUUCACUAUUCCGAACAUAUCAAGCCAGUCUUCAUGUAAUAUAGAUUCUCUCAUACAAAAAUCACAAUUUGAAGCUGGUUCUUGAGUUAAUAAAGUAAUUUCACAGUUGAAGCAAGUAUCCUUCACAGUGUGAGAAUCUUUGGUUAACCAAUGUAAAUUUACAAUUGCACCAAAAUUUUCUGUGCCAGUAAAAUUUCUUUCGCUGAGAUAACACUCAAGACAAAACAACUUGUCUUCAUUGUCAAGUUCAGUUGUAAAUAUUCUCUUGACGAGCCCCUUCAUACAAAUAUAACUCUCUCUCUCUCUCUAAAACAUUCCUUGGAUUUAUUGGCUCCCGCAUUACUGAUAAUUGACAAUAAUUUUUCCUUCUUACAAGGUCCAGAGGAGUGUUGACACACAUUCGCUAGUUUGAAAUUAAUGCUCAUUCUGUAAAAUAUAUAUAUAUACUAAAUGGUUAGACAUUACUUAACUCUAAUAUAUAGAAAGGCAAAAAAAAAAAAAAAAUUAAAAGAUAAUAAAACAAAAAAAUGGUGAUGAAAAUUUUGUUAGUUAAUCAAGGUAUGUUGUUCUUGAAGUACUCGGGGCGGUUGGUUUAUCGUAUAUGACUGAGACGUUAUUCAUGGUUGGAUAAAGUCUCUGCUCAGAGAGAUGAUUGAAUGUUGUUGCAUGUCUCAUGUUGUAUUGAACUUUCCGGGACUGUUUGUUCAGCCAACUCUUCGUUCGUUUUUCUCUUGAGCUCCUUAGCUGACCUUUUCGUUUCCUCUUUUCUUUGAUGCAGGAAUAAUGAUGCUAAACUAUCCCACAAUGCUGCGAACAAAUGGAUGGAGAAUCCGUACACUUGAUGUAAUGCAAAACAAUGCAAGAAUGUGUCAGCUAUCAUUUUCACUACUUGGAAUACUGCGAGUAACCCUAAUAUUCCUGCACUGAUAUUACUAAAAAUCAUGAAUUCUCUCCAUCUGUUGUCCCAGAAUCUUCCUGCUAUUUCUUGAAGAUCUGUCUCACCAAACACCUUCAUGAAUGAUCUGCUGUCUGAGACGAUAUUUGAACUUGAAGCUCUUGCAGCGAAUGUAUUAAGGAUAGACGUCUGUUCGACUGGGAACAUUAUACGUUCUCUCAUCCUCUCCAUAUCAUCCUUACUAUAUAUACCUGAAUUUGCUAAAUCUCCAAUAUUAGCAUAUACCCAAGUACUUUUUCUAUUUGGAUUUAAUUUUACUGGUUCGAUAGUAUUUGUAGGUUUAGGCGUGAACUUGUACCAUGCGUUCUCUAUGUAGAACAUUUGUGGUAAAGGUACGUCGCAUGGUAUCACUGCUGCGUCAUGAGUGAUAAUGUGAGUACGAGGAGUUAUAAACAAUGGAAUCCCGUUAACAGUCACAGGAAGCAUAUUAUAACAUUGCUCAGUAUGUCUUAAUUUUGCGAGUAUUGGUGCACAUUUCACCAAAUGUACUACUUCUCCCGCACUGAUGGCCAUGUAACCUGGUUGACCCAUGUAUCGAUAUGCGAAUUCAUCUGGAGAUGACGCUGCUAUAGAUGAUUGAUUGCCUAAUAUUUGUUUUUGUAAUAGACAUUUAUUUAUCUCGAAGUCGAUGUGUAAAGUUUCGAGUUGAGUUCGGAUGUGUCUCUCUACAAACACAAACUUGCUGUCUACAUAAGUAAGUAGGUCAGGUUCUAUCUUGGAUGAUUUUGGUAGAACAUUAUCUAUUUCGUUCGGUAUUACGAAUAAUCUUGGAUGUUCUGUUGGCCAAGCAGAAUGUUUGCAAAUCGUAAACUCUGACAAUUGAUGCGUCAGCUUUAAUGAGAAUGUGGUAGAUCCAGACACGACAGAAAUAUAUCUGUCAAGUCCAGAUUGCACCAUAUUUAAAUCUCCUUUGUAUAGGAUUGAAUAUUCUUUUUCACAAGCAUCGUGUGCUGGAAUUACAUCCCAAUAUGUAUUUCCCCCGUAAGAGUCCAUACAAGCUCCUUCCGUAUACUUGCAUGUAGUACCAGAAUUAAAGAAUAUUUUGUCUUGUUUAAUUUCUACUUUGGCUUCUGAUGCGACUAAUGUUAUUUGUACUGAUGCUGUUACUACUACGUUAUUGUAUUGUCCAAAAACAUCCGAGUAACUUGCACCUGAACAAUCGCCUUCUUUGUUUAAUGUACCAGCUAACGUUAUUUGCUUUGGUACAGUGUGGUUAACUCGUAAGCCAGUUACCAUCAUAUGACUUACGUAUAAAAAACCUUGUUGAUGUGCGUUUUUGCAGCUAUCAAAUCCAACCUCGUGGAUAUACUCUGCUAUGCCUCCUUCUACUACACUAACGUAGUCCGUCACCAUGCCACAAUGGUAUAUGUGUCUAGAAAUGGCCACUUUGCAGUGUCUUACUGGUACACUUAUAAACGGAUUUCUUUGUAUAAGCGUUCCUCUGGUGUUUUUACGUUCGAUAGGUUGUUGUGAAGGGAGGCAGUCUUCGACAUCCAAUGAAGAGAUUGUGGUAGAGUUGGUUAUUCGUGACGCACAAUCGUACCCUAUUAAUGCUUCGGUACUCCAACUCAGUCCACCCAAUAUCAUAAACAAAAUUAUACGAGCCAUCUGUAAUUAUAAUGCAAACUUGACAUAGUAUUAAACAUAAACAUAUAUAUAUAUUUUUUUUUUUUUUUUUUUUUUUUUUAUUUCAAAUAGUACGGUGUGACUUUUGCUUGACCCCCUCCACCCUUAAGUAUGAGCAUCGAGGUCAAACGUAGAUGCGAGUGAACUAUAUGUUUAGUCACACUGUAUUUUCGUCUUUCUAAGACGGUUUGGGUGUACUGUUUUCAAUUUGUUUUUUAUCUUAAUUAUUACUCCGUUGUUGUCUGUAACGUCUAGUAUUUCAAAUGGUCCGGAGUAGUGGUCUUGUAGUUUUCCGGGCUUUGGCCCACUUCGUAAAAAUACUGAGUCACCGAUUUUAUACGAACUCGGUCGACAAUCUCUGUCAUAAUAUUUUUUUGAUUUUAUUUUUGCUUCAACUAAAUUGUUGUAUGCAGAUUUUUGAUUGUCAAUUAUUUGUGUAACAAUUUCUUUUAAAAAUCCGGAGUACGUUGGCAAGUCUUCACCUUCAGUAAGUGGUUUGUUUGAUGGUAAUCUUGCCAGUCUCCCAAAUACUAAUUCGUGUGGCGUGAACUUUGUUGCUUUGUGUAUCGAGCAAUUAUAGCUAAACAUUGCCAUAUCCACCCACUUGUCCCAUUCGAAUUCUCGAUCAGUGUAUUGUUUUAGAUAUUCUCCUAAAACAUGAUGAGAUCUUUCUAGUGAACCGUUUGAUUGUGGGUGGUAAGCUGUGGUUCGGAUCUUUUUUAUUCUGAACCUCUUUGAUACUUUUUUCAUGAGCUCACUGCAAAAGUUUGUUCCUUGGUCUGUUAGAACAACUCUUGGUGACCCAAAUUUACAAAUAAAAUUAUUAAUGAACGCUUCUGCGACUGCUUGUGUCGACGUCUCGACUAAUGGAACAGCUACACAGUAUUUAGUCAACAAAUCUUGCAUUGUUAGUAUAUAUUCAUUACCUGAACUCGUUCUAUGAAUUGGUCCGACUAUAUCUAGUGCGACCCUUAAAAAUGCAGCCCCUGGUGUAUCAGUUAUCACCAUUGGGUUUUUAUUGCGUAUUCUUUCCAGCUUUUUUAAUUGACAAUUAAGACACUGUUGUAUGCGUCUUAAUAUAUCAUCUUUUAAAUUUUCCCAGUAAUAAUUAUUUCUUAUUCUGUUGUAUGUUUUUGAGACACCCUUGUGACCUCCUACCGGAGCUUCAUGAUUUUCUUUGAAAAUUAGAUCUCUCCCUUCUUCCGGUACAUAUACUAUUUCAUUUUUGUAUAUGAGAAUUUUUAUGUCACUGUUCAAAAAUUCUUUUUUAAUAAGAGACAAUAUUUCGUUCCAUUGUAUGUUACAUAUUUCGUUUGACCUUGAGAACGCCAGUGUAUUUAUUGAAUUUUCUUCUGCGAUGGUUCUCAACUCAUGAAAACAUUUUAUUAAAUUAGUUCUAGUGUGUAAACCAGAUUCACCUUUCGAAUUUUUUUAAGAUUAUUGGAAAAUAAAAUUUAUUUGCUUUUUUUAUACAAUAUGUUUCACCCAACUCAGUUGUUGUAGGUAUAGCUAACCUGCACAAGAUUUUAAUAUUGUUGCACCUGUAUCACACGGUAGCCCUUCGUCCGAUAGGAAAUACACCACCUUGUCUUUAUGUAAACGGAACAAGUCUCUUUUCUCAAUUAUAUUUUUAUUUUUGUUUUCUUUUUCUUGAUUCAACUUAUUUUUUUUUUAUUUUCACUUUCGCUAUCACUUUCACUUUUUAUUUCUUCGAUUUCAUCUUCACUGCUGCUGCUGCUGCUGUUGUUGUUAUUGUUGUUGUCUUUUUCUUUGACUAUUUCUUGACUCUUCUUUUUCGGCCGGCCCCUAUGUUUUUUAUUUGUGUCUUCAAUGACAUUAGUUUGCUUUUUCUUUGGUCUGCCGCUUUUUCUUUUGGCUAGUAUUGUUGUCUCACUUACUUUUUCUUUUCUUGGUCUGCCUCUCUUUUUCACGCGCUCUAUUAUUUCUUCCGGCGGUGCUUCUGGGCUUGUUAUUUGUAUUAAAUCUUGUAUGUCUUGUGGCAAUGUACUUGUAUCCAGCAUUCUCAUUUUUUGAUUUCUCGUUAUAGCAUUUAUUUCUUCUACAACUGGAUUCCUUGAUAACGCGUCUGCGUUCAAGUUUAGUUUACCUGGUUUGUAAAUUACUUCGUAGUCGUAUUCUGCUAAUUUUAAUCUCCACUUUAAGACUCGGUUAUUGCCGUCUUGUGCUGAUCUAAACCAUACCAGUGGUUGGUGGUCCGUAACUACAAAGAAUUUAUAACCGUAUACAUAUGGUCUGAAAUUUUUAAUUGCUUCUACUAUUGCUAGAGCUUCUUUCUCGUACGUCUCGUACUUUAAUUCUGCAUCUCUCAGCACUCGUGAGAAGUAUGCUAUUGGUCUAUCUUUACCUUGUCAUAGCACUGCGCCAAUUGCGAAACCUGAUGCGUCUGUCGUUAUGAUGAAUGGUUUCUCGAAGUCUGGGUAUUGCAAGAUUGGUGCAGAGCAUAAUGCUUCUUGUAACAGUUUAAAUGCUUUUUCUGUGCCUCCAUCCCAUUGGAAUUCGACUUCAUCUUGUAACAACCUUGUUAGCGGUUUAGCAAUAUGCGCAUAUCUUGGGAUAAAUCUUCUGUACUACCCUGUUAGACCUAAAAAUUGUGAUAUUUUUCCUGUCUUUUGGUUUAGGAAAAUUCUUGACUGCUUUUAUUUUUUCUGGGUCAGUUUUUAACCCGUCUUGCGACACUAUGUGUCCUAACUUCUUUCUUUAAAAAUUCACAUUUUUCUGGUUGCAACUUUAAAUUUGCUUUUUCUAAUCUUUUCAUAAGUUUAUUAAUUUUUUCUUUAUGUUCAAACAACAAUCUGAGGUCUGGACAAGACUAAUUAAUUAACACAAAAGAACCAGAUUAUAUAGUCUUCCAAUCCCCAUCUCAGAUUCUAAUUUCUUGAUUUUUAUUACCCAAAAAUCCUCGUGACAACAAUUAUAUAUAUAAAAUUCUUAGAACAGCUAUAAAGUAAAUCGAAGGAAAUAUACAAUGAUAUCCGGGUCCAAUAUAUUACGGGCAUACUGACAUUAGAAUUUCAGUUUUACGACUUUUUUAUGAGCGUCAAACUUUCUGGAUUCUCAGUAACUUAAAUUGUAUUAUAUUGUCUAGUUGAUCUUAAAGGUCGAGGACGUCCAUUGAUGACUUCACCCUCGCGACAUAAUAGAAUUAAUGCACGGUAGUUGCGUACGUGACCCAGGGGGAACGCUAAACCAGUUCCUCCAUCGCAUUGACACUUGACCUAAUAUUUACGUAUACCAACAUGUUAAUUUUCAUACUUAUAUAUUUAUUUCCAUAUUAUAUACCUGAGACGAAAUUUUAGUUCUCAAUUUGGCCUUAGAAAACUAAAUUUAGUUCUAAGAGGACUUAAAUGAGUACUUAUUUAAAAAAAAAAAAAAAGUUUUCUAUUCAACUUUAGACCUCAAAUAGGCCUGGAAGAGCCGAAUAGUGUCGUUUUAGGCGUUGCAGGACUAAAUGAGGAUUAACUAUAAUUCAAAAUAGCCUGUGAGUUUACAGGAAAAUUAAAAAAAAAAAACCUACACUGUGGAAGCAGUUGUGCAAGCACAUGUACUUGAAUUUCUUUGAAUGUAUGGAAAACAUUUCAACUACUGCACUUUAAAUUUGAGGUAAAAUGCUAUGAUUUUAAUGUACAGUACUUGAAAAUCUUUUCCAGUCAAAAUUUGAUGCACGGGACUGCACUGUAAAAAAAGAAUUUAUAUUUACGGAUUUCGGAAUUAUCCAAAAAAAUUUGUAGAAAUUCGAAUAUUGAUUGAUCAAAUUAUCUUCAGAUUUUACGUAACCAUUUUUGAGAUUUUCUAAUCUUAUCGAAAUGACUCUAAGGGGACUCGAACCUACGUACUGAACUACUUAACCGAUUGCUAAACCGAACGCUCUACCGCUGCGCCAUCGGGGUGACAUGUGAAUUGGUUUCUCUUAAAAUGUUUGUCAUGCUUUUUUUUUUUUUUUGUUAAAAGAUUAAAGAAACUUAACAAACAAAAUUUCUACUACUGAAAGUAAUUUUAAAGUAAGAUUCUGGGAUUUUAAUGAAAUGAUUUUUAGUACAGUGCAUUAAAUUUCUAUAGCAUCUUACCUUAAAAUUACAGUACAUAGUUGAAAUUAUAUAAUAUAUUUAUUUCUCGUCAAUGUUAUAUUCAUUUAUCCUGAAUAAAACGGAUAGUAAUAUUAAAAAUAAAUUAAUAACUUUUAUUUGCAAAAUCAUAUACAUAUAUUUAUUAUUAUAUAUUUAUUUUUAAAUUAAAUUUUUCUAAGAACAUAUUUUCUUCCAAUACUUAAAAAAUUUCCAGUAUGAGGCUUUUCAGGCCAAAAUGAGGUUUUUUUUUUUUUUUUAUUUCAGAAAAAUUUUAAAAAUAAAAAAAAACACAAAACAACUCACAUUUUGUCCUCUUCGUCCUAACAUAAGGUGAAGAAGGCCAAAUUGAGGACUAUUAUUUAAAAUUUUAACUUGAGAACAAUAGAAGCAGUCCUAUAAGGUCAAAUUGAGAACUUAAAUUUCGUCUCGGGUA